AUGGGUGAUGACCUCCAUCCGGACGGUAUGCAAAACAUUAUCAACGCCAGCGCCGCGAAUGAGUACAUGGUCCAGACCACCUAUCUCAAGAACACUUCCUCCCCACAUAUUCGCGGCCAUGAUGACUUGGAUGAAGACGCAAGGGAGUUCCUGGAGGCCGUUCUAACAGCUAAAGACAGAGAGAAGGAUGAAGACUUCAAGGAAACUGUCAACGCUCUAGUGGUAGCAGUCUAUUUCCUGGUCCUCGCACGCCGUCGCCAACCAAGUGAAACCUCUGCGGACGCUGCGCUAAAAGAAACCAGAAAGAUGGAUAAAAAGACCUUCACCGAAAUGCGCCAGACCGCGCUAACAAGUCUCGGUCUUCCUCAUUCUGAGCGCCGACACCGCGAAGAUGUCGACCAAUGGAUCGCACUCAUAAUGGAACAUGACUGGGCGCAUGGCAGGGAGUGGUUCGAGAACAUUCCGCAAGCAGGAGAUCUAGAUGGUGACAUUGAGACUAUUUCCGAUGACGACGGACACCCAGGUGAAGGCGGCAACAAGCGUUUAAAAUCCCUACCCAGCGAUCGCGGUUUGUUUGCCCCACGGGCAGCCUCGAGACGCGGUCUUCUGCCGGGCUUAGGGACAAUGAUGCAGGAUCGUGUGGACUGGUUGAGUCCUGAACGCCGGGAAGAUUACACUGAGUGGAAGGCAGAUAUUCUGGCCCGGAUUCAGCAAGCGGAAGCAGCUGCUCAAAGUUAG